AUAUUUGGUUGUAACCGAUAAAAUGCAAAAAUUUCAUGACCUAAAUUUCUACUAGUAUUACUCCGAUGAUAAAGUAUUUUAAAACAAUUAAGUUCCAGAUAAAUAAUCAUACAUUUCCGAUUUUAGAUCUCAGACAAUAGCUAAAUUGCAGAAGUUAGUUGAUCAAUUAGUAGCAGUACUCCAUAACUAAUCAUUUACGUAAAUCAUAAAUCUGGGUAGUUGAUCUGUUCACCUGUUUUCUCCUCUUCAUUUAUUUCCCUUCUCACCCACUAAUUCCCAACUUCUUCCCAUUUCUUAUAACUCCAUUUUUAUCUGCUCUUUUCUUACUCAAAUUAGCAACAAAAAGACGCCAUUGUUAACCCAUUACAAGAAAAAUGGCGGGUUUUUUCUCUUUUCUAAGACGUGUUUACCUUUCAAUUUACAAUUGGACUGUUUGCUUUGGAUGGGCACAAGUUUUGUAUUUUGCUGUUAAAACCUUAAGAGAAUCAAGUCAUGAACAUGUAUACGACGCCGUUGAGAAGCCUCUUCAACUUGCUCAAACCGCCGCCGUUUUGGAGAUUAUUCAUGGUUUAAUUGGUUUGGUGAGAUCACCAAUAAGUGCAACACUUCCUCAAAUUGGUUCAAGGUUGUAUGUUACUUGGGUUAUUUUGUAUAGCUUUCCAGAGAUUCGAACUCAUUUCCUCGUUAGCUCUUUGGUGCUCAGUUGGUCUGUUACAGAGAUUAUUCGGUAUUCUUUCUUUGGCAUGAAAGAAGUUUUUGGAUCUGCACCAUCAUGGCUUCAGUGGCUAAGGUACAGCACCUUCCUAUUGUUGUAUCCAUCCGGCAUUUCAAGUGAAGUCGGUUUGAUAUACUUGGCAUUACCAUACAUCAAGAAUUCUGAGAACUACUGCAUAAGGAUGCCCAACAAAUGGAACUACUCUUUCGACAACUACUAUGCUGCACUACUUGUGCUGGGAAUAUACGUUCCAGGGAGUCCGCACAUGUAUAACUACAUGCUUGGACAGAGGAAGAAGGUCCUCUCUCGAUCCAAGAAAGAUUGAUGUGAAAGCUUUAUGCCCGAUUGGUCGCAUCCUUAGCCUUAGGUUCUGAUCGGUAUGUUGCAGCAUUGCACCGUCACAUUGAGUCAUUGAGCAGCAGUAUGGGAUUAUAUUUGUUGUACAAGGGAACUUGGACUUCGUAAUACUAAAAUUCUUACUAUUUAACUGUAUGAUCAUUUGUAUUUUGUACUAUAAGAUUUGGAUGUAGUUGUGCUUUGAAACACAACAUUGAAACAUAACUUGUAAUACAUUUGAUUUUCCUAAGCCUGCCUCGACUGAGCCAUUCUGAUA